GGCUUCCGUAAUGUGGGAUUCGGGCUUGGCGGCGAAUCCGCGGUUCUUUUGCAGUCGACGGACUCAAGGUCAAGGCGACAGUGACUUUGCACCUUUCCACGGAGUCCUCCUUAGGUGCCUCCAUCGCCUCCUCCUGACUCGCGCUACGGUUCAGAUCUCUCGUUCCGUUCGAUACGGUGGCAACGGAGCGAUUCGCCCUGCGCGAACACUGGCUGGCAUACCUCUGUUGAGCCUUCCUUAACACCGUCCAAAACUUUUCUGAGACUGGAUCCAUCUAGUUUCUCUCCUCGCCUAGUGACGGACCGGACGAGAACAACAUCAUCUCAUACUGAAAGAGAGAGGAUCGAGUGUCACGACCGGGCUCCUUUUUCACCCCCCGUUUCUGCGCUUUACAAUCGAAAUUCUAGCGCCGUCUGCAACAUAAUUCGGACAGCUCUUUGAAGAUCAUCGUUGUAAGGCCAGGAUGGACUUACCGACCGAGGGAAACCAUUUAGUUUCCAAUUCAGACUCGGCAACCGCUCUCGACAAUUUGUCUACGCUGGAUCCAGAAGACAGUGUCCUCGGCUACGCUGGUGGUCCACGUCCUCGAAGACAUGACGACGAAGAUGAUGGAUCUGAUAUGGUUGAAGAAGAUGAUUUGGAGAGUACUACAAGCGCACCAGUUAGUGGGCAUGUGAAAAAGCAGAAUAAAGCAGAGGAGGAGAAAGAGUUACCUCCCCACGCAUGCGCGUAAGCAUCACCCAUUCCUUGUACAUUUGCUUCAUCUACUAAUAUUGCUUUCUCUCUAGGUACUGCGGUAUCCACAAUCCAAGCAGCGUCGUCAAGUGUCUGGCUUGCAACAAAUGGUUCUGCAGUGCUCGUGGGAAUACAUCUUCUUCUCACAUUGUCAACCAUCUUGUCCGAGCUCGACAUAAGGAAGUUCAAUUGCACCCUGCCUCUUCGCUCGGUGACACAAUCUUGGAGUGCUACAACUGCGGCACAAAGAACGUCUUUCUGUUGGGAUUUAUUCCGGCCAAAUCCGACACGGUCGUUGUUCUUCUAUGUCGACAGCCAUGUGCUGCUAUGCCAUCGUCGAAGGAUAUGAACUGGGAUACUUCCCGUUGGCAGCCAUUAAUUGAGGAUAGGUCAUUUUUGCCUUGGCUUGUUGCUACUCCUUCCGAUCAAGAACAGCUUCGGGCUCGCCACCUAAGUCCUCAACUGAUUGCUAGGCUAGAGGAAAUGUGGAAGGAAAAUUCUCGAGCGACUGUUGCAGAUCUAGAAAACGCAACAGCAGUCGAUGACGAACCCGCUCCUGUUCUCCUUCGCUACGACGAUGCGUAUCAAUAUCAGAACAUUUUCGGACCGCUUGUCAAAAUUGAAGCGGACUAUGAUCGCAAGCUGAAAGAGUCACAGUCGCAGGAUGGGCUGGUUGUGCGUUGGGACCUUGGUCUCAACAAUAAGCAUCUAGCAAGUUUCAUCCUGCCAAAGCUUGAGCUUGGAGAUGUGAAACUGGCUGUCGGAGAUGAAAUGCGUCUUAAAUAUACAGGCGAACUGCGUCCAAAAUGGGAGGGAGUAGGAUACGUGAUCAAGAUCCCUAACAACCAGUCCGACGAAGUCACUAUAGAAUUGCGAUCGAAGGGUGAUCAUAAGUCAGUACCUACAGAGUGCACCCACAAUUUCACGGCAGACUAUGUCUGGAAGUCGACUUCAUUUGAUCGUAUGCAGCUUGCCAUGAAAACCUUCGCCGUUGAUGAGAUGAGUGUGUCAGGUUAUAUCUUCCACCGGCUUCUUGGACAUGAAGUCGCUGCAGCGCCGAUGAAGACUCAGAUGCCCAAGAAGUUUAGUGUUCCUGGCCUUCCAGAGUUGAAUGGUAGCCAGAUAAACGCAGUGAAGAGUGUGUUACAACGGCCUUUAAGUCUGAUCCAGGGACCUCCAGGUACUGGUAAGACUGUUACCUCUGCCACCAUCAUCUAUCACCUGGCCAAAAUCAAUGGUGGGCAAGUUCUGGUUUGCGCUCCAUCCAACGUUGCCGUCGACCAGCUUUGCGAACGUAUUCACAGAACCGGUUUGAAGACCGUGCGUGUGACUGCCAAAUCCAGGGAGGAUGUGGAGUCUCCUGUUGGAUUCCUCUCCCUCCAUGAACAAGUUCGCAUGAAUGACAGUAAUAUCGAACUCGUGAAGCUUAAUCAAUUGAAGGCCGAGUUGGGCGAGUUGUCUAGUCAGGACGAGAAGAGACUGAAGCAACUUACUCGCGCCGCCGAGAGGGAAAUCCUGACAAAUGCCGAUGUGAUCUGUUGCACUUGUGUUGGUGCAGGCGAUCCUCGUCUUGCAAAGUCCAAGUUCAGGACUGUGUUAAUUGACGAGUCCACUCAAUCAGCUGAGCCCGAAUGUAUGAUUCCGCUAGUCUUGGGAUGCAAGCAGGUCGUUCUAGUGGGUGAUCACCAACAACUUGGGCCGGUCAUUAUGAAUAAGAAGGCGGCAAAGGCGGGUCUGAACCAGUCGCUUUUCGAGAGACUUGUCAUUCUGGGGUGCUCUCCAAUUCGCUUGAAUGUGCAGUAUCGUAUGCACCCUUGCCUAUCGGAAUUCCCAUCGAAUAUGUUCUACGAGGGAUCUCUCCAGAAUGGUGUCUCUAUGGCACAACGCCUUCGCCGCGAAGUUGACUUCCCGUGGCCCGUCGCCGAAAGCCCCAUGAUGUUUUGGUCGAAUCUUGGCAAUGAAGAGAUUUCGGCUUCAGGAACCUCAUACCUCAACCGUACAGAGGCAUCCAAUGUGGAAAAGAUUGUCACACGAUUCUUUAAGGCAGGGGUGCAGCCGAGAGACAUCGGUAUCAUUACUCCCUAUGAGGGUCAGCGCAGCUAUAUAGUCAGUUCGAUGCAGGCGACUGGAACAUUCAAAAAGGAGUACUACAAAGAAAUUGAGGUUGCUUCGGUUGAUGCUUUUCAGGGUCGGGAGAAGGACUUCAUUAUUCUCUCCUGUGUGCGUUCCAACGACCACCAAGGAAUUGGUUUCCUAAGCGACCCGCGUCGUCUUAAUGUCGCGCUUACUCGAGCAAGAUACGGUUUGGCUAUCCUGGGCAAUCCUAAGGUGCUAUCAAAGCAUCCCCUGUGGAACUGCCUCCUUCAACAUUUCAAGGAACAUCAUUGCCUUGUUGAAGGACCCUUGUCCAACCUGCAGGAAUCACUCAUCCAAUUCAGUCGCCCUAAGCAGGCGUACAGAGGCCCCCAGCGCUUCCAGAUGUCAUACAACCAGGCAUCGAAUCUCAACAGCGGGCUUAUGAACGGAAGGAAUGGCCACAGAAACGAAUAUCAUGACUCAGGGUCUGUUAUUGGCUACAUUCCUGACGAUGUCUCAUCCGUCCACUCGUCUGCUCUAGGCGGUGUUGGCCUUACCUCUGGAUAUCCACCCAUGUUCCAGAACUUCGCGGAAGCAUGGCCUGCACUUCCCGGGGGUCGCCGAGCUAACGGCAUGAGAGGGAAAAGGGCACCAAGCGUAGCUGGAGAGUCUGUCGCGGCCACUGAGUCAGAUGUUACAGGGAGCAUUAUCGACGGCAGGAAUCCUGGACAGGGCGGCGUUAGUCUUGCGGGCUUGAGCAUCAACGACAUGAAUAAGCAACCCAGUCUCAGCCAAUCUGAUCGACUGAAGCGCUACGUAGAAUCUGGAGGUCGGGAGCCUUUCAAGACUGGUGUCAAUGACAAUGGUAGCAUCUUCGGAGGUAGUUCCGCCAGCAUUCGCGUUACUCGUGGUAUUCCAAGCCAUGUCAACGAUGAUGAUGAUACGCGGAGCGUCUCAACUGCUUUCGCAAGCCAGGUCGGAGGCAAUUAUGAUUGAGCUUGCCCCUAUUCUUGACCUUCGAUCAACAAAAGCAAGAUGCAGAAGUUUUGCGGCGCGUCCAUAUUGAACCGGAAAGAGGUUCCAGUGAGUGUUGAAACAUCCUUUCCCAGUGAGAUGUCCGGGAGCUAGUUCUUUUCGGUUGAUUAUCUCGCUGGGCAAAUUCAAGACUUCUGCUGUUUCUUUUGGGAGCGAAGACACGCAGUACUGAAAGUGACAUCAGCCGGAGCCCUAGCUUACGGCCGAAUCUAAACUGUCAAAUACGGAACCGCGACCAUGAAUUAAGACAAGAUGCUUUUGUCUUUUGAAGAAGUUAUCGAGGUGAUAUUACUUACGUGGUGAAAGUUAUUAUGCGAGACAGCACAACUGGUGGCGACUGUUUGGUAUGUCAACCGUUUCACAAUGUCAACCAUCCCGUGAGACGUGUGAAUAUGAUAUCUGGAAAGCUCUCUUGCUUCUUUUAGCAGGGGAGUUUCUGGACUCGACAAGCGCUUCGAAGUUGGGCUUUCUUUAUUCAAGAUUGUGGCAACGGGCAACUGGAAGGUCAACAUUACUCCAAGGACAAAUGGAGAACGUUGGACAUGUCCGGAGUGUACCAUUGGCCAUCCCCUUAUCAUCCUUCUUUUAUGUUCUUAUUGCUAUCAUGUAUCCAUCCAUUCAUUUUCGUUCGUGUCUCUAGCAGCGUCUGGAAGCACAAAGGCCUGGGCAGACCAGGUUUGUUUUCCUGGCUCUAUGCCUUUCAUUGCUUUUCAGCUAUCUAUGAGGUAAUGCUAUGGACACACAUCCUGGUCUUCCAUCUAAGUCCAAUUUGACCUUCUUUGUUAUUACAUUUGCAAUUAAAGAAUCGUCGUAUUUCUCAGGGCUUGUGUUCUGUCCGGCCCUGCUAUCGUACAAUGACUUCCCCUAGGAAAAAUGCCGAUGCUCUCUCCUUGCUCCUAACUUUCAAGAGUAGCUGAACUGGAAGUUGACGACGCAGCCAUUGGUUCUGGGCUCAGCCACGGCAGCGCAGAAGUUGCCUUGAGAAAAAAUGGAUACUUCUGAGCUGCAUAUCAAUAAAAAGCUCGGAUUGAACGAUAUAGCUCCGAGUUAUUUUAUCCCGCUAACUCCGCAGAUUCAAGG